AUGGCUAGAGAUGUCAUCGACAGUCGCAGUCCGUUGCAGGCAGAAGCGAAGCGGAACUUUGAGAACCAAAUCGUUCUAAGCACCUCUUCUCACAAUGCCUCUACUGGGCUUGGAGCGCGGACACGGAUUCUUCGAGCGUCGGACGUUUUACUGUCGUUGGCUGGCAAGACAGAGAAUGAACCCGUCGAAUAUUCUCCAGGCGUUGAAAGUUUUGCGGAAACUGUACGUCUGUUCCCGCCUCUCAGAAAUGACGAUGGGGCCCCCCUUGGUGCGGCAGACUCAAGAUGCCCGGAUUGCGAUGCUGUCUUCUCCUCACCGAGCGAGUUGAAACAACACUACUUGACGAGAUUCUGCCCUGGGGCAGCUGUGGCAAUCUAUUUAAUGAUGCGAGAUCGAUAUGAGCCUGUUCUGAAUGACCCCAGAGACGAUAUCAGUCUCCGAGAUAUUCAAAAGGACAGGGCGAAUGGAGCACACAGCAGAAGCCCCAGCAUUGCGCAGAUGAGCUUUACCGGCUCUAAAUUCCCCAUUGCAACCAAUACCGCCGGAGAGCAAUCGUUUGCUCAGAGGGCCAGAAAGUUGCGGGAUUCCUGGUCAUUCAGAAAACUUUCGCAAAGUGAAGAAGAUGAGCUCGUCGCGAUUAGCUUUGCUGGGCUAUAUGACCUGGAGAGAGUGCAUGCCCCCAACGGUAUAUUCCAACAGUUCGCAGGUACUGCCGAACGGCAGGCGACGCAGUCAGACAGGGACUGUCCCUAUGAAACGCCGAAUAAUGUCCAUAUCAUUGGCUCAAAGGCAUCAGGCAUGGCCCUUUGUGAGGAGGAAAACGAUCAUUACAGAAGCGAGUUUGUGGAUUCGCAGGGAAAUCUGGUUGAGGAUCAAGCUCAGGCGACACCGUCGUCAUCUCGAAGGCAAUCCUUUCUGCAAAGGAUAUUUGGUCGCACCAUUCCGAAAGGUCUGUCACGCGCAAAAUCUGCCUCGAACCGAGGGAGAAAAUUGCUGAAAAGAGUCAAUACCGUGAGGCUCUCUUUCACGCAGAAGGACCCCAAGAACCAAAGUGAUACAAGCUUAGAAAGCGAAGGAAGCUCAAGUGACACGCAAACCACAGCCAAGACACCACGCAGACCAGAUGGAAGCCAACCAGCUGUUUCCGAAGCCGAGUAUAUGACUUUGUUAAGAAACAGCCAGAACAUUUUCAUUCAUAUUCAACACCUCUCUGGAGGGGCAAUGGUUCAUGACGCCUCUGGACGUCAAAGACUGCUUCAGAUGGAUGAGGUAGCUCAGCUCUUUCUUCAGCUGAAGAAUGAGCUCUCCGCCUCAACAGUGUAUUCCAAAGCCCUGAUAACGCGUAUGCGGGCUGAUGCAGCCCUCAAGCAGGGAAACUCGAAAGCAGCGGUUGUGGAGUUUCAUGACGCACUGCGGACUCUGGACAGUGCGCCAGCACUGGAUAUCGAGAGAUUGUCUCGCGCGUCCAUUUUACAUUCGAUGGGACAUGCAUACCGCAAUCUGGACAUGCCCGUAGAAUCGGAAGCCUGCUACUUGGAGGCUCUGGGGCUAUACAAACGAUCGUUUGGACGUGAUCACCCUACGAACUUUGCAGUUCUACACGAUCUAGGCGCGCUUUGUGAUAAGGACGGAUACGCCACCGAAGCAGCUGCACUAUACGAGCGCUCGUUCGCAGGCAGGUUGAAGACUUUGGGACAGCACGCACCGGAAACGCUGAGCAGCAUGCAAGAUCUCGCAUCUCUCAAGGUCUCCUUAGGUGACCUAGAAUCUGCGCUCCUCUUAUUGGAGAGGGCGGUUCCUGCUCUCGACACGGUAUUUGGACUCCAGAACGAAACGACCCUGAACGCAAUGAACAAGUUAUCUCUUCUGUAUCAGAAACUCGGCCUAGUCGAGGAAUCUCGUAUGAUAUGCGGCAAAACCAUCCCACAUUGCAAGACAAUCUUCGGCGUAACGAGUGCUAUCACGAGAGAUGCUGUUGUCCGGUACAUUCAAGGCUCCGAAAACUUUGACUUUCCCCCGGAAAUCGUGGACGUACUCGACCAAUACCGCAACUCUCGCGACCCCGAGGCCCUUCGGGUUGUCCAUCGAUUGGGCAGAUCGUACAUGGAUGCAGGACUGAACCGAGACGCCGCUGAUCUCUUCGAGACCUUGUUCGAGGAUCUCCUGGUCGUAAGAGGACCACAGGCUCCCGAAACGUUCGAUGCGCUCAGUGCGCUCUGCGUGUCACGCGAGCACCUCGACUCCGUGGAUAAAGCAAUCCUCGCCUAUCACCAGCUCAUUCAAAUGGCAAUCUCCACACCCGAGGACCACCAUUCGCGGAAACGGAUCGGCUAUGCACAAAAGAGAAUCGUCGAGCUCAACCGCCGGCGAGAGGUCCUGGCUACAGAGAGAAAAGAGUGGGGAUUGCACGAGCCCGGGCAAUGCGAGAACUGCGGAACAUCUACCAAAAUCCUCUGCAACUGUGAGCCCUCUCCCUGA